AUGACAGCGGGAACAGUCGUGAUCACCGGAGGAAUUCUGGCCACAGUGAUUCUGCUGUGUAUCAUCGCUGUGCUCUGCUACUGUAGACUCCAGUACUACUGCUGUAAGUCCAAUGGCUCGGACAGCGGCUCUCUGUCCCAGCAGCACUUCGCCUGUAACGCGUGCUCCGUCUCGGGUCUGGACUCGGUGUGCACGCCCCUGUCCCUGUCGCCCCCGGAGCCGCCCGCCGCCCCCGCCAAGCCCCCCGCUGGACGCCCGCGGUACUGCCCCUCCUGCUCGCCGUACCGCUCGCCCUUCUACGUACGCACCACGGACGACACGCGCAACGGCGGCGAGCGCGUCACCUACAUGCCCACCCACUACGAGAACCCCGCCCUGGCCCCGCCCCUUCCCGCCGCACCGCCGGGGAGAGGCGGCGCCAUGCUGAGGAGCGCCCCCUGGAGUCCGCCGGCGGAGUUUUACACCAACACCAGGGCCGUGAGCACCGAAGUGUAA